AUGUCAAAUAAAAGAGCUAAAGCACACUCAUUGUUAUUCAUGUUCAUGUUUUUAUUUAUACUAAAUUUUAGCUUGUCUCAGGUUGAUGAUCUCGAGCUCCUCUUAUCCUUCAAAUCCUCAAUCAAUGAUCCGUCUGGCUUCCUCUCCAACUGGAAUUCCUCUACCCCAUUGUGCAUGUGGCAUGGAAUCACUUGCAAUAAUUUUUCUAGGGUGAAGGUGAUUGAUCUCGUUGAAAAUAUUUCUGGGAUAAUUUCAUCUUCAAUCUUUCAUUUGGUAGAGAUUGAGACUAUCAAUCUUUCGAACAACCAACUCUCAGGUGAAAUUCCCAACGACUUGGCAUUUUCUGUGUCACUUCGAUAUCUUAAUCUUAGUAACAAUCAUUUGACUGGUGAAGUUCCAAAAUGUUCAAUUUCAUUGAAAAUAUUGGAUCUAUGGGGUAACCUGCUUUCUGGAAAAAUUCCACCACAAAUUGGAGCAUGCUCGAAUCUGCAAGAACUUGAUCUUGGUGGCAAUAAUUUGGUGGGGAGAAUUCCGAGCUCGAUAUCAAAUAUCAGCAGGUUGCAAAUCUUGACUCUUGCUUGUAACGAAUUGGUUGGCCAAAUUCCACGUGCAUUAACCAAAAUGAAGAGCUUGAAGUGGAUAUCCUUUGGCUAUAACAACUUUUCCGGUGAAAUUCCACAAGAACUUGUUGGUUUAGUUUCUUUGAGUUUUCUUGAUCUUGCCUACAACAAUCUUAGCGGACAAAUUCCAUCUUCACUUGGAAAUCUCACCAAUCUUCAACAACUCUUGCUCUUCAGUAACAAGCUUAUAGGUUGGCUUCCUCGAUCCAUUUUUGGUCUCAAAAAGCUUAUUGAACUUGAUCUUGGUGAUAAUUAUUUAUUUGGUGAGAUUCCAGAACUCAUAAUUAAGUUACAGAGCUUGGAGAUUCUUUAUCUUUUCUUCAACAAUUUUAUUGGGAAAAUUCCAAAUGCUCUAGCAUCUUUGCCUCGUCUUCAUGUGGUUAGUCUUGCAUCAAACAGCUUGACUGGAGAAAUUCCUUCUUUGAUCUGCAAUAUUAGUUUCGUCGCAGUUCUUAUCUUAUCUGAUAACAACUUAAGAGGAAUAAUUCCACCAUGUCUAGGAAACUUUAGCAACCGUCUUUCAGUCUUAGAUUUGUGGAAGAACAGUGUUCAUGGACCCAUCCUUGAAACAUUCGGUCAGGACUGUGGGUUGAGAAACCUCAACUUCCAUGGCAAUAAAUUGGAAGGGUCCCUACCACGAUCCUUGGCCAAUUGUAGGAGCCUGGAAUUGGUGGACAUUGGUAACAACAAGUUAAAUGGCAGAUUCCCCUAUUGGUUGGAUACUCUGCCAGAAUUACAAGUUCUUAGUUUACGGUCAAACAAAUUGCGUGGUGUCUUACACAGUUCCAAGACCGUCCGUCCCUUUCCCAAGUUACGGAUUCUUGACCUUGCUAACAAUGAAUUCACUGGUCCUUUGCCCGAAGGCAUAAUAAAGAACAUGAAGGCCAUGAUUAGUCUCAAAGAACAAAAAAGUUCUAUUCAAUAUAUGCGUGGACAGUAUUAUCCUUAUUAUUUUAAUUUGACAGUGAAAGGAUUUUACAUUGAACUUCUCGAAAUCACAACAACAUUCGCAAGCAUUGACCUCUCAAAUAAUAAUUUUCAUGGAGAGAUUCCAAGAGUUAUCGGAAAGCUGAGUUCACUUAGAGGGCUCAAUCUUUCUCAUAACAACCUUAGUGGUGAUAUACCUACAUCAAUGGGAAAUUUGACCAAUCUGGAAUGGUUAGACCUCUCUUCAAACAUGCUCACUAGCCAAAUUCCUAACGAGUUGAUAGGUAUGGCAUUUCUUGCCUUCUUAAAUCUUUCGAAUAACCAACUCACAGGACCAAUUCCUCAAGGCAAACAGUUCAAUACAUUUGAAAAUGGCUCAUACAAAGGAAACUUGGCACUAUGCGCCUUUCCAUUGUCGAAAGCUUGCAACAAUGAUGGGAGAAAACAAUCUCCAUCAUUCUUGAAAGAGGCAGAUGACUCAGAGACCAAGAUCAGUUUCGGCUGGAAAGUUGUGCUGAUAGGCUAUGGAUGUGGACUAAUAUUUGGAGUUGUUGUUGGAUAUGUUACAUUCAAAAAUGGUGAACCAAAAUGGUUUGUGACAUUGUAUCGAGUCAAGAAUCAUCGAAAGGGAAGAAGAUGCUCACGAAACUAG